AUGGAAACUGGCGCUGCUGAUGUUGCAUCUGCGCAGAGCUGUGUCUUCAAGAAAUCCGUACCACUGCCUGCCGGGUCAAUUGAAAUCAAGGGCUAUGAUUUCAAUGAGGGCAUCGAUUAUGAUUCUUUGUUGAAUUCUUACCUCUCUACUGGUUUUCAAGCAUCUCAUAUGGCGCAGGCUGUCCAGCAAAUAAAUGGGAUGCUAUCUGCGCGGGAAGAGCAUUUUGAUUGUGGAGACGGCGCCGACGGGACAUUUCCAUAUCCUCCAGGGAAGAGGAAAAAUGCCUGUACUAUUUUCUUGGGCUAUACAAGCAAUCUGGUCACGUCCGGAGUUCGUGAGGUUUGA